AUGCGGCUGAUUUUCCUGUCAUCACUUCUACUUUCCCUAGUAGCUGCUGAUCUUUUCACAGCCAUCGCUGAUCUUGAGGUAAGUUCGGAAGCUCAAGAAUUCUAGCCCCUAAUCAAAAUUUUUCAGCACAUGCUUGGAGCUGAAAAAGGUGUGGCAAAUGUGAUCGAUGACUACAUUGUAGCCGAGCAAAAGCGGUUGAAUGAUUUGCGAAAAUACGCGGAAGAAUACACUUCCAGAAAUCUACACGCUGAAAAUGUUGGUCCCGAAUUCGUGACAAAUCCAAUCAACGCAUAUUUAUUGAUUAAAAGAUUGACGACUGAAUGGAAAAAAGUCGAAAAUAUUAUGUUGAAUAAUCGAGCUGAAGGAUUUAUCAAAAAUAUUACUGAAACGCGGUCGAAGAGUUUGGUGAAGUUUCCGGGAGAAGAUGAUUUGAGUGGAGCUGCUGUGGCGUUGCUCAGAUUACAGGAUACUUAUAAAUUGGACACGGCGGAUUUGUCGAAUGGAAUUAUUGGUGGAGAGAAGGUUGGUUUGAGCGACGCAGAGAAAAUAGAGCUGGAGGGCUAGAGAACAUAGGUUUUUAGAGAAUGCAGAGAAGCUAUACAGUUAGAGACGCAGAGUGAAAUAAGCUAUAUAAUCUCUGCCUUUAGUUGUCUAGCCGGAGAGUUAGAGACACAGAGGAAAAUACACUCGCUUCGCUCGAGACGCUUCGCGCAAGCUAGAUAGAGAUCAUAGGAUUAUGAGGGACGCAGAGAAGCUAGAGCUUCUCUAUUUCUCUGAUGUAUAGCUGUAAGAUGGCUAGAGACGCAGAGGAAAAUGAGCUAUAGUAUCUCUAUGUCCCUAUUCGUCUAGCCGAAGGGCUAGAGACGCAGAGAAGCUAGAGUUUCUCCGUUUUUCUAGUCGUCUAACUGCUACAUGGUUAGAGACGCAGAGAAGCUAGAUGUUACAUUAGCUGAAGGGCUAGAGACGCAGAGGAAAAUGAGCUAUUGUUAAAGUGAGCUAUAGUUUCUCUGUUUCUCUAGUCGUCUAGCUGCUAGAGACGCAGAAGGAAAUAAGAUAUAGUAUCUCUGUUUCUCUAGUCGUCUAGAUACGGUAAGAGACGCACAGAGGAAACCUAGCUAGAGAUCAUAGGAUUUUGAGAGACGCAGAGAAGCUACGGUUUCUCUGUUGCUCUUGUUGUCUAGCUAUAUAGUUAGAGACGCAGAGAAGCUGCUAAAUUGCAAAUUUUUUGAGCCUCUCACGAUUUCUGAAAAACUGUAAUUUUUCAAAAAUUAAUAAAUUGGCGUGAACUUUUUUCACGUGGGCAUUUCAAUCAAAAAAUGUUCAUUUUUAAAUUUCAGGUUUCGAACAAACUCAAUGGACACGAUACUUUUGAAGUUGGACGAGCUGCUUAUAAUCAAAAAGAUUAUUAUCAUUGUUUGAUGUGGAUGCAAGUUGCGCUAAAUAAGGUGAGCCUUCUUUUAAGAUGAGCAAGCUUCAUAUCCCUAAUCUCUAAAUUUCCAGAUCGAAAACGAGAAUCCAAAAUCAGUGGAAGAAUCUGAAAUCCUCGAAUACCUUGCCUAUUCUUUGUAUCAACAAGGAAAUGUGAGAAGAGCUUUGGCUUUGACAAAAAGAUUGGCAAAAAUCUCGCCAAAUCAUCCAAGAGCAAAAGGAAAUGUGAAAUGGUAUGAGGAUAUGUUGCAAGGAAAAGAUAUGCAAGGAGAUUUGCCACCAAUUGUUAAUAAGGUGGGUUUGGGAACUUUUUCAAGGGGAUUUGGGUUUCUAGAUUUUGUUGAAGCUGAGUUUGUCUUUUCCAAAAUUCUGCAAAAGUUCGAAGUUUUUCAAGUUAUUUUCUUGAAGUUCAGAUUUUCAGAAUCUUGAAUUCGUGAUCUUGAAGUCCAAGAAUCGUUAGAAUCUCGGAUCUUGAAGUUCACAGAAUCUCGAAUUCGUGAUCUAAAAAUUCAGAAUCGCAAAUUUGGGAUCUUGAAGUUCACAUAAUCUUGAAUUUGAGAUCUUGAAAUUCAGAAUCUUGAAAUUGAGAUCUUGAGGUUCAGAAUCUUGAAUUUGGGAUCUUAAGGUUCACAAAAUCUCGAACUUGAGAUCUUGAAGUUUUGAAUCUUGAAUUUGAGAUCUUGAAGUUCAGAACUUCAGAAUCUCAAUUUUUCCAGCGCGUCGAAUGGGACGGAAUCGUCGAACGUGACGCCUACGAAGCUCUCUGCCGCGGUGAAAUUCCACCAGUCGAACCGAAAUGGGCCCACAAAGUUCACUGCUAUCUCAAGGUAUAUCUAACUUAGCUCAACUUCUAACAUGAUGUGGCAAAGUUUGUUCCACGUCAUAGCUCAUUUCAGAGUUGAGCUGGAAUUCUUCAAUCCAAAAUCAAUUUUUUUCCAGCGUGACCGUCCAUUCUUGAAACUCGCUCCAAUCAAAGUCGAAAUCCUGCGCUACGAUCCAUUGGCUGUUUUGUUCAAAGAAGUCAUCAGUGACUCUGAAAUUGCUGUAAUUAAAGAGCUGGCCUCACCAAUGGUAAGCCAGAUUUUCAGCCAAAGCACAAAAAAAUUUCCAGUUAGAACGUGCCACUGUAAAAGCGGCCGAUGGUAGUUUGGUUACUGUAGAUUAUCGUAUAGCGAAAAGGUGAAAAUUAAAAUUUUGGAUGUUUGGGGAAGUUCGAGGCUUGAGGAAUUUUGUUAUGACGUGGCAAAGUUACUGUAACUUUUUUUUGGAAUUCUGAUUUUAGUUUAAAAUUUUCAGAAAUGAUUCUGAAUUUCUGCCACGUCAUAGCUAAGUUCUCCGAACUCCCCUUUCGAGUGAAUUUUGAAUUUGAAUUUUAAGUUGGUGUUCCCUUUGAAGUGACCCUUUUUGAGUUAUCCUAAAUCCUCUCUUCCAAGUGUGCCUUCUUUUUAGCUCAAACGUGCCACAGUUCAAAAUUCGAAGACUGGAGAACUUGAACAUGCGACUUAUCGAAUCUCCAAAAGGUUUGUCUUUUUUAAAGCCUGGUUCAGUUUUUUUCAGUUGUUGUGGAUUUUUCACCAAAAAUUUUUACCCAACUUUCCAACCAAAAUUAUUUUCAGCGCUUGGUUGAAAGGCGAUUUGUCACCGGUUAUUGAUCGAGUCAAUCGGAGAAUUGAGGAAUUCACAAAUUUGAAUCAGAAAACAUCGGAGGAACUUCAGGUGGCGAAUUAUGGAUUGGGUGGACAUUAUGAUCCACAUUUUGAUUUUGCUAGAGUGAGUUAGGGAAUAUGCGCUCUAUUGGGAAAAUGUCUGUGUCUCUAGCUAGAGGGUUGGAGAAGCAGAGCAAUAGUGUCUCUGGUCGUCUAGUUUGAUGGCUAGAUACGCAGAGGGAAUACACUCGCUCCGCUCGAGCUAGACAGCUAGAGACGCAGCUAAUCUGGAGUUUCUCUGGUCGUCUAGCUUCUAUACGGUUAGAGACGCAGAGGGAACACACUCGCUCCACUCGAGCGGCUUCGCGCAAAAGAGAAACUAGAGUGUCUCUAGUUGUCUAGCUGCUAGAGAUACAAUUUUCAGAGACGCAGAGAAUUGAGAGUGUCUCUAGUUAGCUGCUAGAGACGCAGAGAAAAAUGAACUAUUGUUCUAGAAUUUCUCUGUGCCUCUGAUCGUCUAACUGCUAGACAGCUAGAGACGCAGAUAAACUCUGGUUUCUCUGGUCUUCUAGCUUCUGUUUGGUUAGAGACGCAGAGAAGCUAGAGCCUUAAUGGAGUGCCUCUGGUCGUCUAACUGCUAGACAGCUAGAGACACAGCUAAGCUCUAGUUUCUCUGCGUCUCUAGUCGUCUGCUAUCUAGAGACGCAGACACUUCCAGAAUCUCCCCCCUCAAAAAAUUCUAGAGAAAUGUAUCGGAGCCCUAUUCUUCGGGAAACGGUAACCGCAUCGCUACCGCCUUGUUCUACGUAAGUUUCCGCAUCCCCGAAUGAUUUUGUGAUUUUUAGAAAGAGGAGAAAAACGCGUUCAAAACUCUGAAUACCGGAAAUCGAAUCGCCACUGUUCUAUUCUACGUAAGCCACACUUUUUUCCUUGAUUGCUGUUGUUCGGAUAAGUUCUGCCUGUUUUUUUGAGUGAUUUUCCCGUUUUUUUCUUAAGUUUAUGGAAAAAUUGUGGAUAGGUAGAACUUUUUUCGAAAUUCAGCCCCAGAAAAUUUUUGUGAUCACAAAAAAUUUGCAGAUGUCACAACCUGAAAGAGGCGGUGCCACUGUAUUCAAUCAACUGGGAACCGCAGUUUUCCCGUCGAAAAAUGACGCGCUUUUCUGGUAUAAUUUGAAACGUAGUGGAGAUGGUGAUUUGAGAACUAGACAUGCUGCUUGUCCAGUGCUUUUGGGUGUUAAAUGGGUAGGUUAACGACCUUAAUGACCAAGUUAAGGGCCUUAAGGACCUUAGAAUUACCCUAAAAUCGCUAUUUCUAUUUAGGUCUCUAACAAAUGGAUUCAUGAACGUGGUCAAGAAUUUACACGACCUUGCGGACUUCACGAGGAUGUUCAGGAGAAUUUCAUUGGAGAUUUGGCACCACUUCCAAACGAUCCAUAG